AUGGGGUGUCUCCAGCCGUACAUUACCAGUAUCCUGCUCCUCCUGAGUGGACUCAUCCAAUGGGGCGGGGCCAGGGUGCUUGUAGAGGUGCAGUCUGGCCCUCUGCAUCGUGUGAUUGGCUACCCUAUCUCCAUCUCCUGCAACGUGAGUGGCUUCUCUAACCCGUCGGCCCAGCAGGACUUCAGAUUCUCAGUCUACAAGCCAAAAAACCCCACCCAGGAGAUCCAGAUCAUCAGCACAGAUGACAACAACUAUGCCAUGGCGGUGUACGGUGCCCGCGUCAGGGGGGAUGUCAUCACUCUGGAGCGCCUGUCAGUGACCUCGGUCCUCUUCCACGUGAAGAGUCUGGAGGAUGGGGACGAGGGCGAGUACGAGUGCCACACUCCAAACUCAGAAGUUGUAUAUGACGGGACGUACAACGCAAAGACCACAUUGAAGGGUAAUAUAUACUGUAUCAGUCAAUCAGAACCAUACUGUAGUGUUGAUGUCCAUCCCUCAAAUCCUGUUUCCAUAGUGAUUAAGGACACCCUGACCGCCUCCUCCACUGGCCCCGCCUCCUUUAGCCUAUCAGAGGGUGACGACCUAACCCUGCAAUGUCUCGCCUCCACCAACACCUUCCAGCACACCCACCUGUCCAUCACCUGGUAUCACCAUGGAGACAGGGAGGCCUCGCCCCACCCCAUCAUCUCUCUGGACCGUGAUUUGACGGUGAGUCCGGGUCAGCGGUUUGAGGGUCGGUACCAGAAAGGGCUCAUUGUUCUGGACAAGCUGGAGGAGGCCACCUACAGGCUGAAGAUGGCCAGGAUUGAGCUGUCCGAUGCAGGGAGGAUCUACUGCCAUGCCCAGGAGUGGAUCCAAGACCCAGACCGGAGCUGGUACCCAAUCGCCCAAAAAGACACACAGCCAACCACGUUGGAGGUCAAAGCCAUAGUGGUGGCUCCAGACCAGGGCUCUGGUUCUAUGGUGGUGAGUAUGAUCGUGCACAAAACACAGCUUCAGGAGGGGGAGGAGCUAUCCUUGCUGUGCAUUGUGAAUACACAGGGCCCGGUGGGUCAGUUCUUCUCAGUGGCCUGGGUCAAGGACAACCAGGAGCUGGCCCAGAUUGGGCCCACGGGGGUUCUGUCUGUGGGGCCGGAGUACGGGGGGCGAGAGAGAGGGGGUGAGCUGAGAGCUGUGCGAACGAGGGAGAAGACACACCUGCUCACCCUGCGACCCAUCAGAACCCAGGACCAGGGAGUGUACCACUGCAGGGCCUGGCCACAGGAGAGGGAUGGGAACGGGGUCUUCACACAGGGAUCCACCCAGGACUCCACCACAGAGACUAUCACCAUCACAGCUACAGAAAGUGGUUUGGCUGUUGCCAUGGAGACCCAACAGGUGAGUGUUAAUGAAGGGGAUGCACUACAACUCACCUGUAGAGUGAGCGGGGUCAAGGGUCAGCUCUCUGUCACCUGGCAACACAGAUCAGCCUCAAUGGCAACAGGCCACUUCAGUGAUAUCAUCAGCCUGAGCCGGGUGGGUGUGAUGGAACUGGGGGCAGAGUUUGGGAAGCGUAAUGUUCGUACAAUGCGUCCCAUGGCAGACACAUUCACCCUGGAGCUGGGUGAGGUCACGCCCUCUGAUGCAGGAGCCUAUCAGUGCACCGUCUCUGAGUGGACCACGGAAGCCAACGGCAACGGCAAGAAAACUCACAGCCAAUCACAGGACUGCAGCGUGGAGGUCCAUCAUGUGGAGUCUCUGCUGAGUGUGUACCUGAGUAGUCGUGGUGUCCAGGUGACAGUGGGGGGUGAGGUGGAGCUGGUGUGUCGGGUUCGAGGGCCCUCCCUCCCGGUUACUGUAACGUGGAGCCUGCAGCGUGAGGGGCAGUCUGCCCCAGACAACAUCCUGACCCUGUCGUACACUGGUGACAUCACGUGGAGUGGCGACCAGAGCAACUACCAGUUGAGGGCGACCACCGGGAAGAAGGAAGUGCGUUACUACCUCCGCAUCAUCAAAGCGAGCCACAAGGAGACUGGGCGCUACCAGUGUGUGAUCUCAGCGUUCCUGCUAGGGAGACACAGGAAGCCGUGGAACUCCAACGCUCUGGGUGUGCUGGUCCAGACUCCAGAGAGUGUACUCACCUUGUCCUCUAGCUCCUCCCCUCUGGAUAAGAGUGUCAAGACAGACAUACAGAUGGAAUGCUCCGUAGCCAAAGCAACCUCUAACUCAUCCCGCUUCGCUGUCAGCUGGUUGGCCCAGAAGAACGGGGAGGGGAACAAGACGGUCCUCAGCUCAGACCGUGAUGCUGUGAUAACGCUAGGGCUGGGAUCAGGCACAGAACAGCGAAUCAGCAUGAGAAGACGUGAGGGGCGGAGCUUUGAGCUGACCAUUCGACAGGCCCGUAGCUGGGACAAUGGGAUGUACUACUGCGUGGUGGAGGAGUGGCUACAGGAUCCUCACGGCCAAUGGUACAAGCUCCAGCCCUCUUCUGCAGCCAUGGAACUCCGUAUAAACCAGAAAGUGACUAUUCUCAGUGUUAACCAGACAGAUCUGGAGAUGGAGGUCAAAGAGGGGGAGGGGGCAGAGUUGACCUGUGCCUUGACCUCAGGUGAUCCCGCCUCUCUCUACUCUCUCACCUGGUUCUACAUGAGGCGUGGCUCCUCCUUCUCUCCCAGGGUUCCUCUAGUGAUUCUGGGCCAUGAUGGUGUCCUGAAGUACCCUGAGGACCAGGACAACCGAGGGCUCCAGGACCAGAAGGGGAGGCUGAUAUUCUCCAGUCCCUCUCAUGGUACCUUUCUGCUGGGUCUGCAGAGAGCUCUUCAGGGUGACAGUGGAGUCUACCAGUGUCAAGUGGACCAGUACAAGCUCAAUCAUGGCAACUGGGAAUUAAGCGCCACCAACCAAUCAGGAAAAACCAACCUCACUGUACGACGACCAAUAGAAGAUGUGUCUGAGGUGCUGUCUGAACAAGGAUUCGUCACUGAAUCAGUUCUCGGCAUCUUCAUCCCUCUUGUCUGUAUCCUGGCGAUUCUUGUCAUGGUGCUGUCAAUCAAGCUGAAGCGGAAGGGCUCAGCUGGAAACAAGAAACAGGCCAACUCUCUGUGGCUGGAGCUUAACCCACUGAAUCCACGCCCAGAAGACUGAGCACAGGGGAGAGGAGAAGUGAAACAGAGAGAGGAUGUGUAGAUGAGAGGAUGAGUACAUCAGUGA